AUGGUAGCAGUAGCAGAGGUCUUUCUUGGGGCACUCCUUCGGUUUCUGCUGGACAGGUUAUUGACUCCACUCAACUUCCUCGCGGACGGUGUUGGCAAAAAACUGAAGAAAUGGAGUGAAAUGUUGUCUUCAAUUGAACUGGUGCUUCGUGAUGCAGAGAAGAAGCAACUAACGAGCAGUGCAGUGGAGCUGUGGCUGGAUGAUCUCAAAGACUUGGCUUAUGAUAUCGAAGAUAUCCUCGACAAGUUUUAUACUGAGAUGUUACGGCGCAAGUUGGACGAACAACGUGGGGCUACAACAAGUAAGGUACGAAGCCUAAUUCCUAGAUUUGAAGUCCACUUUAAUAUUAACUUCGAAAUAAAGGAGAUUACCAAUCGGCUACAAGCCAUAUCUGAACGAAAAGAUAAACUUGGGUUAAGUUUAGAUGGUAUUGGAUCUUCCUCCACUAAGCCUUGGCCAAGGCCACCAAGUUCAUGUGUUCUGAAUGGAGUGCCUGUUGUUGGAAGAGAUAGUGACAAAGUAAAGAUUGUUGAAUUGUUGUCAAGAAACUAUGAGCCUAAUGCUAUCAAUUUUCAAGUAGUUGCGAUUGUUGGCAUGCCUGGAGUUGGGAAAACAACACUGGCUCAAUUUGUAUUCAAUGAGGAUGAUGUCCUGAAACAGUUUGAUCUUAAGGCAUGGGUAUCCGUGUCUGAUGAAUUCGACGUUGUAAGAGUAACAAAGGCAAUUCUUGAAUCAGUCAUGUCCGAACGCUGUGAUUUGGAGGAAUUCAGUAACAUUCAGAACAAUUUGAGCAAAGCAUUGGCAGGAAAAAAGUUUCUGAUUGUUUUAGAUGAUGUCUGGAAUACAUGUGACUAUAAUCUAUGGACAAUGCUGCAAUCCCCCUUUUGUGUUGGAGCAUUGGGAAGUAAGAUAAUCGUGACAACACGUGAUGCAGAAGUUCCAAGAAUGAUGAGAUCCACUGAAGUUCACAAUUUGAGCGGUAUAUCAAAUGGUGAUUGCUGGAAAGUAUUUGUGCAACAUGCAUUUUUUAAUAUUGAAAAAAGCUCCAGACCAACGAAGUAUGAAUUACUUCAGGAGAAAAUUCUUGCAAAAUGUUGUGGGUUGCCCUUGGCAGCAAGGACUCUUGGUGGUCUUUUAGGUUGUAAAGAAAUAAAUGAAUGGGAGGAAAUAUUGAACAACAAAUUGUGGUUUCUAUCUGAUAAGAGUGGAAUUCUCCCAGUAUUAAAAAUUAGCUACCAUUAUCUCCCUUCAACUUUGAAAAGGUGUUUUGCCUAUUGCUCAAUACUUCCAAAUGACUAUGAAUUUGGGGAGACACAGUUGAUCCUUCUAUGGAUGGCAGAAGAUUUGAUUCAGAAACCAGAAGAAAAUAAACAAUUGGAAGACGUAGGCCGUGAGUACUUUCAAGAGCUUGUGUCUAGGUCAUUAUUUCAAAAAUCAAGCAAACAAGAUUCAAGAUAUGUGAUGCAUCACCUCAUUAGUGAUUUGGCACAAAGGGUUUCCGGAGAAACCUGUUUAAGAUUGGAGGAUAUCUUGGAUGGUAGAUGGUCUCCGAAGACUCGUCAUUUGUCUUACACUGCUGGUAAAUAUGAUGGAGUUAAAAGAUUUGAGGGGUUUGCUAAAGCAAAAGUUUUGCGGACUUUUCUACCACUUUCAAUUUCACAGGACCCAUUUAAUUAUUUGACUUGUAGGGUUACUUUUGAGUUAUUGCCAAAGUUGCAAUACUUACGAGUGCUCUCUUUGAAUGGUUAUCGAUUAAUCAAGCUGCCGAAUUCAAUUGGUGAGUUGAAGUUUCUCCGAUACCUAGAUCUUUCUCACACGGAAAUAACGAGUUUGCCUCGUUCAAUAAGCACACUUUGCAACUUACAAACGUUGAUAUUAGAGAAUUGUUAUAGUUUGAAGGCGCUACCUGCAAACAUGAAGAACCUAAUUAAUCUGCGUCAUCUCAACAAUUCAAACACACCUUCAUUGCAAGGAAUGCCUGCACAACUAGGUCAAUUGACGAAUUUGAAAACAUUGCAUAAUUUUGUGGUGAGCAAAGGUAGCGAGUCGAGUAUAAGAGAGGUAGAGCCCCUAUUGCAUCUCCAGGGGACAUUGCGCCUCUCAAGAUUGCAGAAUGUGAAUGACAUUGAGGAUGUAAAGAGGGCGGACUUAAUUAGCAAGGUCGGGCUUGAUGUAUUGCUACUAGAAUGGAAUGGCUUAGGAGAAAAGGAAUCCGACGUGCUCGACAUGUUACAACCUCAUAGGAAGCUCAAAGUGCUCAGCAUCAAGGGAUAUGGUGGUUUGGAAUUUUCAAAAUGGAUUGGACAUCCUUUACUCUCUAGCUUGACAACGGUGUGCUUAGAGGGUUGCAACUAUUGCUGUCUCUUGCCAUCACUUGGACAAUUGCCAUCUCUCAAAAAGCUUUCUAUAAAAAGAUUGUAUGCAGUGGAAGUAGUGGGUCUUGAGUUCUAUGGAACGCCUAGAUUGCCUUUUCCACUGUUAGAGAUCCUUGAGUUUGAGGAUAUGAAACAUUGGAGGGAGUGGUUUCCAUACGAACAAGAUCAAGAUCAAGGAAUUAGAGUUUUCCCUUGCCUGAAAAUGCUUUCCAUAUCCAAAUGCCCCAAAUUGGAGGGCAGGUUACCCGAGAACCUUGAUUCACUGUCAAAGCUUGUGAUUCGUGGAUGUGAGCAGUUGGUGAUUUCAAUUUCUGACUAUAAACAACUUCAGAAAUUAGAUAUUGAUGAUUGCAAAAGGGUGGUCCAUAUAAAAGUUCAGCUUGAGUUAUUGGAGGCCUUGCAGCUUUCAAGUAUUGCAGAGUUCAAACUCCAAAUAAAGGAUUUCAUGGGAGGAUUACCAAAGCUUAAUGAUCUGGUUAUUAGCGGUUGUGAUGAGCUCACAUCUUUAUGGCAGAAUGAAGAUAAAUUGCUCCAUGACCUGAUUUCUCUUCAUUGUUUGGUUAUUGGAGACAACCCUCACCCCCAUCUUGUUCAAAAUCUUGUAUCACUCCAAGAGCUUCACAUAUAUGACUGCCCAAGUCUGAUUUCUUUUCAAGAGUUUCUUUUGCCACCUUUUGUCAAGGAAAUAAAAAUUGAGCGGUGCAGUUCUCUUGUGUAUUUUGCAAGAUGCCGGAUACCUCCAAAUCUAAGAAGAAUGGAUAUUAUGUUAUGCGAAAAUUUGAAAUCACUGCUGGAGGAAGAGAAGGUAAAGGGUUCUUCGUCUUCCCCUUCUCCUUACCUGGUGAAAGAAGAGGAAUCUUGUCUUGAGUACUUGAGUAUAGAGGAUUGUCCAUUGCUAACAUCCUUGUCAUUCGAAGACCAUCUUCCCAGGAAGCUUAAACACCUUCGCAUAAGCGAUUGUGAACAGCUAGAGACAAUAACCAAUAGGUUCAAGCAUAACACUUGCCUUGAAGAAAUUAAGAUCUCGCGUUGUACAAAUCUCAAGUGUUUACCGGAAGGCCUAUGCUACCUCACCAAUCUUCAAGAGUUAGGUAUUUAUGACUGUGCAAGUCUUGUUUCCUUCCCCGAAGGAGGGUUGCCACAAAGCGCUGCCUACCUAAGAGAGAUCGACAUCAGCUACUGCAACAAAUUGGAGGCGCUACCCAAAGGCAUACAUGACCUCAACUCUCUUCAGAUAUUGAGCAUUUCUUGUUGCGAAGGUUUCACGCCGUUUCUAGAAGAUGGUUUUCCCCCUAACUUAAUACAGCUUACAAUUUAUAAUCUCAAGAGCUGUAAGGCAUUCUUGGACUUGGGGUUGCACAGGCUCACCUCUCUUAGAGAACUGGAAAUUCGCAGCAAAGACCCAGACGUGUUGUUCUUCCCUCCUGAGAAAGAGAUGGUGCAAAUUAGAUAUUGA